GCAAGGUCAAAUUACCCUAUAUUUUAUUAAAUUCAUAGUGGGAGUAAACCUUUUUUUGGAAAAAAUAGGCUUAAAUUGAUAACGUAUCAUUCAGAUAGUAAGUAAUCCGACAAAAAGAUUCGUGACAACCGUCGUCCGCGAACCAGACUCAGAGUUAAUCACCUCAUAAGAAGCAAUAUAACUCGCUGAUCACCUCAAUCCUUCCAUCACCCACAUCCAAAUCCAUAGUCUUACAGUUGAAUAAAAUAAAAAUCCGAAAGUAAACAACAAAAACCAGACAAUCAAAAUAAAUAAAUGCUAAGAAAUAAAAGUCUUGCUUCGUCAUCCAGCAAGAAGAUGCCAAGAGCCUGCACCCCUAGUCUUUUCUGCACUCCGUGGCGGCGGUUCAGGAGGAGGUCGGACCAACAAUAUUGAUCUUCUUCCUCAUCCUGCUUCUUGUUGAUCAAACUCCCUGUCAUACGGUCAUACCUGCGUUUACAAAAACCUGAGCAAAGCAGCCCCAUUUCCUUGCUCGCCGAUCCUACACGCCUACCAGAAGCCGACCCUCCGCCCGCUGCUUCGCCGAACAGACUUGCCUGACAAAGCUAUCCCAACCCGUCCACAAUCCUGCCGGAGCAAACACAACUGCGACUUCACCGCGCUCAUCCUUGUAAUACCUGGAUCUGCCGAAGAGAAUAGUCUGCAAGAAUAGCUCCAGAAAAGAGUGCCGAGCUCUUCAAGACUCCUUCAAGCCUUAUGAGCAAUACCAGAAAAACACCGAAGCCUCCGUCCACAAAAUCCAAACGCCUCCAGAAAGCAAAAUCCAGCCAAAUAACAAUCACCUCUGAUGACCGCCACCGGCCAGAACCCUAGGCAAAAGCCUAGACGUAGUGGGAGUAACCUUAGAAACAAAAAUAGUACUCCGUACAUUUUGGGUCUCAAAUUGCGGAUUUUAAAAUUGAUCAAUGAUAUUCUAAAUAAGCAAAUAAAAACAAAAAAAAAAAGACUUUGCAUAUGAGUUUGGAUAACGUGAGUAUCGCCGCUUAAACUUUUAUAUCUUUUUCACAUCAGUGAGCAUGCAAAAAUAAUUGAGGGAAAAGUUAACGCGGUUGACUUGUGAAUAUUCCAAAUUAUUCUUGUGUAGCGUUUGAGGAGUUGGGAUUAUUUUAUUCUUGCUUAAAUGCAUGAAUUAUUUAUGUUAAUUUUGUCUUUUUCUGCUUUGAUUCCAUUAAAAGCUUACAGAGCCGCCCGCCAUAGCCAUACACGGACAACAAACCUCAGAAUUUUAUAUCCCAAAAACGUAACCUCUGAACUUUUGGCUCCAAAAACAGAGUCUGGCAGUAUUUUUGAUUGACUUACAUAUGUUGCUUGCUGGAUGGUAGUUUAUGAAGGGCCUGUAAUUGAGAAUUAAUCGAGAGGAAGAAGAUAAAAAUGCUGAAAGUGCUGAAGCCAUUGGUGCACCUUCUGGUGCCGCUAUGCGUUCAUUUGAUAGCUGAUGCGAUGACUAAGUCUGUGCUGGUUGAUGUCACCACCUCUGCUCUCUGCCAUGGCAAAUCCUCCUGCUCUCAAGCUAUUUACAUCAACGGACUCCAGCAAACUGUUGAUGGGAUAUUCAAGAUGGUGGUAGUUCCUAUACUUGGUCAGCUGGCAGAUGAUUAUGGGAGAAAACCAAUUCUACUUCUCACUGUAUCGACUACAAUCUUCCCUUAUAUUUUACUUGUCAUUAGUCAGUCAAGGGGUUUCGUAUAUGCUUUCUAUGUGGUUCAUACACUUUCUAAUAUAAUAAGUAGACAUGGAAACAUUUUCUGCAUCUCGUAUGCUUAUGCGGCAGAUGUUACUGAUCAGAGGAAGAAAGGUAUAGUUUUUAGUUGGAUGACAGGUUUCUUUUCUGCUUCUGAUAUCCUUGGAAAUGUCUUGGCACGUUUUCUUCCAGAGAAAUAUAUUUUUGAGGUUGCAAUAGGUCUUUCGAUAUUUACUCCUGUUUACAUGGUGUUGUAUCUAGUCGAGACUGUUAAACCUAUCAAUGGAGUGAAUCAAUGUCCUCCUAAUGUGAACAAGGCAAAGAAGUUUUUGUGGGAGCGAUAUGACUCUAUGAAACGUGCUAUAAUGAUUGUCAUCCACAGUCCAAUAUUGAAGUGCAUCACCCUGAUAAGUUUCUUCUUCAAGCUCGGAAUGUCCAGUAUCGAUGCAGUCUUACUGUACUAUUUGAAAGCUGUGUUUGGUUUUAAGAAAAAUCAAUUGUCAGAAGUUUUGAUGGUCGUGGGAGUAGGUUCAGUUGUAUCUCAGAUGGUUGUGCUUCCGCUUAUCUAUCCGUUCGUUGGAGAAAAACUGAUGUUUUGCAUUGCCUUGCUGUCAUCAAUAGCAUAUGCGCUGCUUUAUGGAUUGGCUUGGGCACCAUGGGUGGCUUAUUUAAGUGCAUCUCUUGGAGUCAUCUUUGUCCUAUUUACACCGGCUUCUUAUGCUAUGAUAUCCCAAGCAAUAAGCUCAACUGACCAGGGUAAAGUAUUAGCACUUGUUGAUGGUGUGAAAGCAAUUGCCAUAUUUUUAUCUCCCAUCGGGAUGAGUCCAUUGACUGCUUGGUUCUUGUCUCAAAAUGCACCAUUCAACUGCAAGGGAUUCAGCUUUAUCUGUGCUUCUUUGUGCUUGGUUGUGGCAUUAUGCUACGCUUGCACGCUGCCAAAGCAAGUGCCAUUGGAGAAAGCCUCCGAAGACGAGAUAGAGAGAAUUGAAGCGCCUGUUCUUUCUUCACAGUGAACUGAGGAGGGAUCAUACCUGCACCACCAAAUACAUUGCCUGGGUGAAAAGAUUACUUUCUGAUGUAUACAACUGUAUAUUACACCACAUAAAUUGCAAAACUGGAUGAUUAAGUUAUGAAGUGUUGAUUCACCUGUAUAGUGUGUAGAUCAACAAAUUGCAGAAUUUUUGGAUGAUAAUUUUUCUGUUCUUUACUCAACUCUAUAAAUUAAAAGUUUUGUAACAUCAUAAAUGAAGUAAAGGCUGAACUACUAGUGAUGUAGUUCCGAUUAAUCAUUCACCUGUAUAGUGCACACCACCAA